AUGAAGGACUUGGGAGAAUUAAAGUUCUUUAUGGAAAUUGAGUUCUCUAGAUCUAAAGAAGGAAUUCGUAUGAAUCAGAGGAAAUAUGCUCUUGAGUUAGUGUCUGAGCUGGGAUUGGCUAGUGGAAGGCCUGUUGCUACACCUCUUGAGUUCAAUCAUAAACUUACCUCAGUAGCAUUUGAUGAAUUCAUGAACAAAGGGGAAACCUCUACAAAUGUACAACUUGAGGACCCAUGGAGCUAUCAAAGACUGGUGGGCAGACUGCUGUACUUGACAAUGACAAGGCCAGACAUUGCCUCUGUUGUUCAAGUACUGAGCCAACACAUGCAUGCUCCUAAGCAGUCACAUAUGGAAGUAGCUGUACGAGUGGUCAAGUAUAUCAAGGGAACUGCAGGAUUGGGACUGUUUAUGCCAGCAAAAGGUAACAAGGAACUACUUGCCUACUGUGAUUCAGACUGGGGUUCAUAUGUGGAAAAAAAAGGAAGUUCUAUUACUGGUUAUAUAGUUAAGUUUGGUGAAGCUUUAAUCUCUUGGAAAUCCAAGAAGCAAAGCAUAGUUUCUAGGAGCUCUGCUGAAUCAGAAUUCAGGAGCAUGGCAGCUACUGUUGCUGAAGUCACUUGGCUAGUUGGUUUGUUUGGAGAGCUAGGAGUUGCAGUGAACAAUCCU